AUGCCUGUCAAGUCACGCUGGGAGGAGGAGCUCCCCAACUGCUCGCUCCAGCAAUGGAUCUUUGGCUCCCCCUCGGCGCCCCUGCCCGACCGCAAGGCCUUCCUCGACGCCGACCGCCCGGACACGCACUUUGUCACCUUUUCCGAGUACCGCCUGCUGGCGAAGCGCAUCGCUCUCGGCCUGCAGGCGGCCGGCCUCAAGCGCGGCGAGCGCGUGCUCCUCUUCUCGGGCAACAGCCUCUACUUUCCCUCCGUCUUCCUCGGCGUUCUCAUGGCCGGCGGUGUCUUCACAGGCGCCAACCCAGGCUUCGUCGCGCGUGAGCUCGCCUACCAGCUCAAAGACAGCGGUGCCAGCUUCAUGGUCGCCGCCGCCGCCAGCAUUGACAUUGCCGUCGAGGCAGCCGCAGAGGUCGGCAUGCCGGGCAACCACGUCUUUGUCUUUGACACGACCAUCCCAGGCCAGGCACCCGUGACGCCGCCGCGCGCCGACAGCAAGGGCACCCGUCACUGGACGGAACUGCUGGGACCGGCGGCCGAGGCCGAGGCCUUCAACUGGGUCGAACCCGAGGACAGCCGCACGACGACGUGCUGCCUCAACUACUCGUCCGGAACGACGGGCGUGCCCAAGGGUGUCGAAAUCUCGCACUACAGCUACGUGUCCAACGGCGCGGGCGUCAUCAAGGUGACGAAGCUGGCGCCUGACUACACGACAGCGGUCAAGCGGCACGUUGGGCUCUGCUUCCUACCCAUGUACCACGCCUACGCGCAGACGUACUUUGUGGCCAACUUUGCGAGCCAGGGCGUGCCCGUGUACGUCAUGCCAUCGUUUGACUUUGUCAAGAUGCUCACGCAUAUUCAGCGCUUCCGCGUGACGCACCUCGUCGCCGUGCCGCCUGUGCUCGUGGCGCUGACCAAGCACCCCGUCGCCAAGACGUUUGAUCUCUCGAGCCUCGAGAACGUAGGCUGCGGCGCCGCGCCGCUGGCAGCCGAGACGGCAGCCGAGACGACGCGCGUGCUCGGCAAGCCCGACCUGCUGGUGCGGCAGGGCUGGGGCAUGACCGAGGUGACGUGUACGGCCAUGACGUGGGACCCGACGCGGCUGGACCGCACGACCUCAGCCGUCGGCGAGAUCAUGCCCAACUUUUCGGCCAAGCUCGUCGGCGCCGACGGCGUCGAAGUUACCAAGGCGCGCACACCAGGCGAGCUGCUCAUCGCGGGGCCGGGCGUCAUGCGCGGCUACUGGCGCAACCCGAAAGCGACGGCGGAAACGUUCGCCGUUGAUGCCGACGGGACGCGCUGGCUUCGGACGGGCGAUGUGGCCUACGUCGACUCGUACGGGCCCGGCGGCCUCUUCUUCAUCGUCGACCGCAUCAAGGAGCUCAUCAAGGUCAAGGGUAACCAGGUGGCGCCUGCCGAGCUCGAGGCGCUGCUGCUCGAGAGGACAGACGUGGCCGAUGUGGCCGUCGUAGGUGUGACCAUCGAGGGUGAGGAGAUGCCCCGUGCCUACAUAGUCAGAACGCCAGGGUCCGAGACGUCGGGCGAGGAGAUUGCGACGUGGCUUGAGAAGAAGGUCUCCAGGCACAAGAGGCUUCGAGGCGGUGUUGCCUUUACGGAUGUCAUUCCCAAGAACCCGUCUGGCAAGAUCCUGCGGAAGAUCCUUCGCGAGAAGGCCAAGCAGGAAGUGGGUGACCGCGACCCAGCGACAUCGAAGCUUUCAUAG